AUGUCAACCCACAAAGCGGCGGUGAUUUAUGCCCGGGACAAGCCCCUGGUCGUGGAAAAUGUCCCUCGCCCUGUCGCGUUGACUGGUGAUGCCAUCGUCCGCAUCCUGGCUGCUGAUAUUGUCCCCUAUAUGAGGGAGGUAAUCACGAACCAGCGCCCAUACCCGCUCUCCAUCCCCAUGACUCCGGGAAACACGGCCAUCGCGCGCAUCCAUGAAGUUGGACCCGACUGUGUCACCCUCAGGCCGGGUCAACUUGUCUUCUGUGACAUAACCAUCCGCGCGCGCGAUAAUCCCGCCGUCACCAUGCUGUACGGAGUUCAUGGAGCAAUCCAUCCUGCGGCGCAGAAACUCAUGGAUGGAGUCUGGCGCAACGGAACAUAUGCUGAAUACGCGCGGUUCCCUCUGGAGAACCUGUAUCUGCUGGACGAGGAAGUUCUCCUGGGGCAGCUGGGAUACAGCAUCAGUGAUCUCUGUCUUUUGACCGCAUACCUGGUUUCCUUUGGCGGGCUGGCCGAGGUGGACGUGAAACCGGGCGAGGUGGUGAUUGUGGUCCCAGCUACAGGGUGUUUUGGUGGCGGCGCCGUGGGCGCAGCCCUGGCCAUGGGGGCCACCGUCAUCGCAGCCGGCCGCAACAGGGCAGCUCUGGACAAGCUCGAACGUAUCCAUGGUACACAGCGACUUAUCACAGUCCAAAUCACUGGGGACGAGGCUACAGAUACCCAGUCCUUCAAAACAGCGGUCGGCCAACCGGAGGGGGCCCAUGUAUACCUGGACCUGUCGCCCCCAAUCCUUCAGGACUCAUCCCUCUUAGUGCCUUACGGGGAGAUCAUGUUCAAGGGCAUUCGCAUUCAGGGACGGUUUAUGUAUGAUUGUCCGCAUGUGUUCCGGCUGAUUCAAAUGGUGCGGUCUGGGUUGCUUCCGCUGGGUGGGAAGGGCGGCGUCACUCACAUCGAGGAAUUUGGGCUGGAUGAAAUUGAAGGCGCAUUGGAUGCGGCAGGAAGAUUGAGCGGCUGGGGGGGUCAGGUUGUGUUGAGGCCCUAG